AAGCGCACAUAGCAAGAAACGAAACGAGUCAAAUAAUACGUCGUUAUUUCACCUUUUUUUUUAUGUGGUUGCAUGGGCGGCACUGUCGUUGCCGGCAAUUGUUUUCUAUUUCCGAUAUUGCCAGAUGCCGGUUGAAGACAGAAGAGCUUGUUGUUGUUGGUGGACCGCGUGGUGCGCAUGGAUUAGGCUUAGGUUAAAUAAUGGUUGAUAAUCUGAGUGUAGAUUUGGCUACAUGGCUGAAGUCAAAAAACAUUGAUGAUAACAGAAUAGCAUAUCUUAGAGAAUAAGAAGUCUGUGGUGCUGCAUUUGUGGAACUUACCGAGAGCGACAUUAAGGAAAUGCACUUGAAAAUAGGGCCACAAAAACUGCUUUCAAAAGUGGUACGGCAAACUAGAAUGGAGGCUGAAAUUGAACUUCAGAGAAGUUCUGCUGCUGUUGAACCUUCAUUUGUUGAACAAAGUUGUAGUGUUGUUACCUCACCUGUAAGCAAAUCAGCUAAAUUUGACUCACUUCCAUCAUGUGAACAAUCAUCUCCAGUUUCUAGGAGCUCAGUGACAUUUUCAAAAUACUCCACUGUCCGGGAAAUACUCAUUCACCAUCCACAAGGGAAAAGUUUGAUAUCAUCUGCAGAGCAAGGUGAUCUUUUCAAGUUAGCACAGAGGCGUACAUUAGUUCGCAUACUUGUAUCGGAGCUUGUGAAACAUUACGAUUCAUAUUAUCCGCCAGAUGAGGCCAAGGAACAACUCGCUAAAGCAAGUCAAGGAGUUUCCCAGCUUGAGAGAUAUCACAGUAAGCACAGAAGAGGGCCAUAACCAUUUUUAUAGCUCUGAGUGUCAUACUGGAUUCAUAGAAUACAGACUCUGGACAAUGAGAAGAUUUUUGUCACCUAGUAAAAGAAAAUACAAAAACACAGGUUCUGCAAAGUUUGGGAGGGGUCAAGAAUCUGCCCAUUACAGUGGUGAAGAACUGCUUGGUUCAAAAGACUUGGAAGAAAAGAAAAUGUGGAUGAAGCACACUGUGCCGAAGGACAUUCACAAGAGAGAGAUAGUGAAUUGUCUGAAAAGCACUUUCCCAAAUCGGAGACAGUGGAUUUUAAGUAAGCAUCCAAGUGUGACAGAAAUUUUUAACGAAUAUCCCAGGUUGGCUGAUUAUGAAGGAGAAAUGAUUGAACUAGAGUUCAGCACUCUACACCAAGAAAAUGCAUCAAAAUUUCUAGCUAGAUUUGGAGCGUUUUAUGCCCCCCGUAUUCAGGGGAUGGUCAAGGCAGAAAGACCUGAUAUUAUCAGAAAACUUGCCGAUGCUGAUAUCACUGAUGACAAUCUGAAGGCCAUAAUAAUGCUGGCAGAGUUGAUGCCUCCAGCUAACAGUAAAGUGAAACAGCCAAACAAAAAGGAAGGAACAGAUGUUACCAGUACGAUCUCUGACAAACAAAAGGACAGUAUCUGUAUUGUUCAGCCAUACAUGUUGUGUGUCCAGAGUGAAACUGAAAUGAAGUAUGGCUUGGUGGCUGAUGGGAAGCUUGUAUGUUUCGAAGAAGCAGGCGCUCUGAAUGCUUUCGACAAGCUUUUUAAAUUGCAUUAUGUUUGCAACCUUGAAUUUUCCAAAAGUCUGUCAUCAUUUUAUAAUUUCGGUGAAAGUUAUUUAUGUGAUGUGACGGAUGUAAAACCUAGAAGCUUCAAUGUUUCGUUAAAUGCUGCAAUUUCACACAUAAAAUUGUAAUAAUUUUGAAUGAUACAUUUGUAGCACAUCAUUACUGUAAGUUAGCUGUGUCAGAAUUUUAUAUACAGAUGGUUCAGACAUAUUUAUUGUGUGGUUGCAAAAUUUUGAUGGUUUCUGGAAAACAAAACGAGAGCAUGUCUCCUGGAUGUAAAGAGAACUCUUGUCACGUCCCGAUUUUGUACUCAUAUUCCAAGUAAAAAAUAUUCAUAGUGAACUUGGGUGGAUAAGUGUAAAUAGGUAUGUAUUGUAUUGAUAAAUGUAUACAUUUAUGUUUUAAUUACAACAGUGGCACACAUGAGUGGAUUAACUGGAUUUCAAAAGUAAAUAUUUCUUUAAUAAAUAUAUGUACAGCACUUUUUUAAGCCAAACAUUUGUUCUAAAGAAUGGAGCAAUGAAGCUAGUGUGUGUGUGUGUGCAUAUUAAUAGUGUACCUUUGUCAUUUAUAGUAAAACCAGAAACCUUUAUCAUGAAAUACUUAGU